GUCGCGCAGUCGAGCAGCGGCGGCCGCGGGGUGCGGAGCUCUGCCGCCAUGGCGGCGGCGGCAGAGGCCCAACAGCUGCUGCCGCCGCCUCCGCUGCCCGGCGGGGCCGGCACCGAGCGAGCCCUGGAGGAAGCGGCGGCCUCCGGGACCCUCAUCCUGGCCGGGCGCCGCCUGCGCUCCUUCCCCGCGGCUGCGGCUCGGCGCUGGGACCUCAGCGACACCACACAGGCCGACCUGUCCCGCAACCGCUUCGGGGAGGUGCCGGAGGCCGCCUGUCACCUGGUGGCGCUGGAGGGGCUGAGCCUGCACCACAACUGCCUGCGCAGCGUCCCCCCGGCCAUCGCCAAUCUCCAGGCACUCGCCCACCUCGACCUCAGCCGGAACCAGCUGAGCUCGCUGCCCCCCUGCCUCUGCCUCCUGCCCCUGCGCGUCCUCAACGCCAGCAACAACCGCUUGGCCCAGCUCCCGGACAACAUCGGCGCCAUGGGGGCCCUGAGGCAGUUGGACGUGAGCUCCAAUGCGCUGCGGGCGCUGCCGCCGGGGCUGGGGCAGCUGCGGGCGCUGCGGGACCUGAACCUGCGCCGCAACCUCCUCACGGCGCUGCCCAUGGAGCUGUCGGAGCUGCCCCUUGUGCGCCUCGACUUUUCCUGCAACCGGGUGGUGGUGAUUCCCCGGUGCUACCGGCGCCUGCGGCACCUGCAGAGCAUCCUCACCGAGCACAACCCCCUGCAGAGCCCCCCCGCGCAGAUCUGCCUGAAGGGCAAAGUCCACAUCUUCAAGUACCUGGAGGCCGAGGCUGCUGCCACCCGGGCGCCGCCCCCCGCAGGCCCCACAGAGGAGCUGAGCCCCCCCCGGCAGCGCCAUGGCCUGGACUCUGGCUUCCACAGCGUGGACAGUGGCAGCAAGCGCUGGUCUGGCAAUGAGUCCACAGAUGAGUUUGCAGAGCGGCUGCUCUGGGGCAAGCGCUGCGGCAGUGACAGUGAUGCUGAGGAGGAUGAAGAGGACCCCCCCCCCGAGGUGACAGCCCUGACCCCACCCUUCCCUUGCCCCAUACUGGGAGGGAUGACCCCCAGAUCCUGCCCCCCCCUCAAUAUAAGGACCAUUAUUUGUGUGUUCCUUUCACAGGGCUUGUUCCCAGGGAAGGCGCCUGGUGGCAGCCUCUCGGACCCAGGCCCCACCUCCCAGCCCAGGAGCACCCUGGUUCCAACCAAAGCCCCCCGCCCCCCCCGUGUUCUCCUACGCUCCCCCACCCAUGCAGCGGUCUCCAGACCGGCCCCUCUGGACACCAGCGAGGGGGAGCUGAUGGCUGAGAUGAAACAGAGCAUUGAGUCGCUGCUGCAGCUGCACCUGGGCAAUGAGGAACUGCUCUCCCGCCUGACCCAGUGCCUGCGCCCCCCCCCUACUCCCAAACUGAGCCCCACAAGAAGCCACCGGACCCGGGAUCCCCAGCAGGCACAGCUGCUGCCCCCCGGGCUCCUCGCUGGCUUCGCCCUUUUCUACGGCGUGGUCAUGGCACUGCUUUAUGCUGGGUAUCGAGCGCUGUUUGGGUGCUGAGGGGGGGACACACACGCCUAUGGGCACUC